AUGGCUCUUAUCGAGGACUUGAAUAGCCACGGGAAGUCGUUAAUACAACGAGCAUGGAGAGGAUAUGACGCCGAAUUUGGAUUUGGUUCCUUCAGCGGAGCCAUCUAUGAUACCGCAUGGGUGUCAAUGAUCGCUAAACAAACUGACACUAAGAAUUGGCUUUUCCCAGAAUGUUUCCAUUAUCUACUAGACACGCAAUCGGAGGAGGGAAGUUGGGAUUCAGGUUCAUCACAGAUUGACAGUAUACUGAAUACAGCAGCAUCAUUGUUGGCCUUGAAACGACAUUUUCGACAGCCCCUCCAAGUUAUUGCAGUUCCCCAAGUGGAUUUGAAAAAACGCAUUGACAACGCAACAACAGCGCUACGAUCCCGAUUGACUUCAUGGGACGUAGGAUCUUCAUCCCAUGUUGGAUUUGAGAUUUUAGUUCCCGCUAUUCUUGGCUAUCUCGAAGAUGAAGGACUCUUCUUCCACUUCCCAGGAAGGGACGAGUUGCUUGACCUUAAUAAAGCCAAACUGGCAAUGCUUACGCCUAAGGUGCUAUACAGUAAAGCCAAAACAACCCUCAUUCACUCACUUGAAGCUUUCAUAGGCAAAAUCGACUUUGACCAGAUAUCGCAUCACAAAACAGGAGGGUCAAUGAUGGCUUCCCCGUCAUCAUCUGCAGCCUAUUUGAUGAGUGCAACAAGAUGGGAUAUAGAGACACAGAACUACCUGAGCCACGUCGUUGGUCGCUAUGGCAAUGGAAGCGUACCAAGUGCGUUUCCUUCCACUUAUUUCGAAUUCUCUUGGAUUCUCUCUACAUUGCUAAGAGGAGGUUUCACCAGUAGUGACUUAGCCUGCCCUGAGUUGAACAUGGUCGCCAACGUCCUUGUGGGGGCAUUCCAUCGGAUGGAUGGGGUAAUUGGCUUUGCUCCUUGUGUCGGAACCGACGUCGACGAUACCGCAAGUGGUAUCUUUUCCCUGAGCAUGUUACAGCUUGACCAGAACAACGGAAUAGAACGCAUGAUCGAGGUUUUUGAAGUCGAUGCGCAUUUUCAGACGUACCCGUCAGAACGAAACCCGAGUUUUACUGCUAAUUGCAAUGCACUCAUGGCCCUUUUGCAUCAUAAGGACGUUGCUCGAUACUCUUCUCAGAUCCUCAAGACAGUCCAAUUUCUAUGCGAUUAUUGGUGGUCUGCGGACAAUGGUAUACAGGACAAAUGGAACCUUUGCCGUUUGUAUCCCUGUUUGCUCCUUGUUCAGACAUUCUCGGACCUGUUCGCCCUCUUGGAUGAUCAGAAGCUUUGCAACUUAUUCAGCCAACAAACUAAAUCGAGAAUGUCGAUUGUUACCUUCCAGGCUUGCUAUCGGACGAUAUUAGAACAAGACAGCAACGGUUCGUGGAAUAAGUCACCAGAGCAAUCAGCUUACGGUGUUCUCAUCCUCUCAAAAGCCCGAAUGUUGUCAUUUCUGCAACCCAUUCGACAAAACAUAGAUGAUGCAGUGAAUGCUGGUGUUGAUUUUCUGUCAUCUCUCGAUCUUCUCUCGUUAGUACCAGACUAUAUUUGGACUGAGAAAGUCACCUACGCGUCCGUUUUCUUAACCUCAUCUUAUGUACUUGCCGCCUUGAAAUCGGCGACAUCUACAUCCGCUUCGGCACAGGUAGGGCUGUGCUUCAACGGGGCUGGCUCUUGUGAUUCAAGCAAUUCAGACUACAUAAAGCUCUUUCUCCAUACACCCAUGUUUCGUGACGUGGCCGAGUGGCAUAUACAAGCAUCAUAUCUUGAAUCCACUUUGUUUCGGCCCCUACUACGAGAGCGUCGACUUGACAUCUUCCCCAGAGAAAACAUGAAUGAGGACAAGUAUUUCGACAUUAUUCCUUUCACAUGGACCGCUUGCAAUAAUCGCUCAGGCGCAUUGGCCUCUGCUUCACUCCUCUGCGAGAUGAUGAUCAUUUCCUUCUUGAACUACCAGGCCGAUGAGUUCAUGGAGGCUGUGGCGGCACCAUCGUUCGCCAAUAACCCCAAGGGUCUUCGCGAGAUCAUCGAAGCUCUAUUUUCUCCAAAGACUGCAAACGUUAUAGGCUUAAACCUUAACUACGAAGCUGUUCGACCUCUAUCGCAAUUCAUAACAUAUCUUUUGAAUCAUCCCCAAGUCACCUCCUCUAGUACCUGGGACCGCAAAUGCUUAAAAAGGGAACUCCGUAUGUUUCUCUUGGCACACGUCAAACAGGAGGAAGAUAGCGCUCUAUUCGCUUUGCAAACUCAAACUGAAACGUUUGAUGAUGUCGACGCCAGUUUCUUUUCCUGGGUGCGAACGACCUCGGCGGAUCAUACUUCUUGUCCCUACUCGUUUACAUUCCUGAGCUGCCUGUUGUCCAGCGGAGUAAGUAGUGGUGAUGAAUCCUUUCCAAGUACAAAGUUGAAAUACUUCGCCGAAGCAGCCUGUCGUCAUCUAGCAUCCAUGUGCAGAAUGCACAAUGAUUACGGCUCCAUAUCAAGAGACAUAACAGAACGAAAUCUUAACGCUAUCAACUUCCCAGAAUUUGAGUCUCUAGGAAGCGAAGACUCCUUGGAUAGGAUAGGAACGUCUCAAAGAGAGGCAAAUGGCACGCUCAAAGUUAAGAAAAAAGUUCUUUUUGAGUUGGCAGAGUACGAACGGUGCUGCUUAAAUGAAGCGUUUAGGCAGCUUCAAGAAGAAUUUGAGUGCCCUCGUAGAGGUGUGACUGCCAGAAGAAUAGGGCGACGUCAUGUGUCGAUUAGGAGAAUGUUUUGCGAUGUUACUGACUUGUAUGGUCAGAUAUACUACAUACGUGAUAUUGCAAGUCGGAUGAAACCCUCGGUGUCGAAUGAGACUAGUGGGGUGAGGAUACGAUAG